GGGACAUUGAGCAGUUUCACAUGUCAGUUGGUUCAGCUGUCAAGACUCUACUGCAUGAGAAGAAGAAGCUCCAGUACAUAGUCAGGGUUUAACCACGUCUUUCGGGAGAAGAGAUGGCGCUGAUGGGGGUUCAGCUGGUGGUCAGCUUGCUGGCUGCCAGCAUUAUGCAGAGGAUGGCUCCACAUUGCUCAUUUGCUCGCUGGCUCCUCUGCAAUGGCAGUUUGUUCCGGUUCAAACACCCAUCAGAAGGAGAGCUGUGUGCAUUGGCAGGAAAGCAGAUGCCCAAACCAAACAGGAGAGACAGGAGACAGAAUGGGGAGAGCAAGCCCCUCACUGUGCCCAAAGACAUCGACCUUCACCUGGAGAAAGCUCCAGUCAACGUCAUUGACGCUCUUGUGCUGCGUUUUUUCCUGGAGUACCAGUGGCUGGUAGAUUUUGCAGUCUAUGCAACGGGUGUCUUCCUGUUCACUGAGUGUUAUUACAAUGUGGUGGAUGCAAGCAAAGAGGUCAACAUUGGAGCUAUCUGGUGUGUUCUGACUGUUCUCUUCAGUCUAAAGACCCUUCACACUCUGAUGAGACACUACUUCCGCUCUGAAGAGGGUGGCGAGCGAUCAGUGUGCCUUGCCUUUGGUUUUCUGUCUCUGCUCGUGGCCAUGCUGGUGCUGGUGGUCAGAGAGGACUACCUGGAGUUCGGCCUGGAGUCCGGCUUUUCCAACCUCUUCGACAACUUAGAAGUCUUUGCCAAACAGCAGGGUUAUGCUGAGUGGUCAAUCCCAGUUACUAAGCUGACAGUGAAGCUCGGUCUGGCUGCUAUCUGUGCUUACAUUGGUUCUCUGCUGGCUUUCCCCGGACUGCGACUGGCUCAGACUCAUCUUGAUGCUGUACAGAUGAACUCAGACCGCCCACUCAUCCAGAUUCUGCUGCACAUGAGUUUCCUGUCUCCAGUCAUUGUGUUGGUUUUGUGGGUGAAACCCAUUGCAAGAGACUUCCUGGCCAACGCACCCAUUGGAAAGACCUCCAUCACAAUAGUGCCCAGUGCAGUAUUUGACAGCAUGCGUCUGUGGAUCAUCGUGGUGCUGUGUGUUCUGCGCCUAGCACUGACUCGUUACCACCUGCAGGCGUACCUCAACCUGGCUCAGAAGUGGGUGGAGCAGAUGAAGAAGGAAGCAGGACGCAUCGCUGCCAUUGACAUUCAGAGGAAGGUUACACGUGUGUUCUGCUAUCUGACUGUAGUCACUCUCCAGUACCUUGUUCCUGUUUUUCUCAUCCUCUUCUCCACACUGUCACUCAAGGCUCUAGGGGACUUCUCUUGGGCAGUGGGUGCAGAAGAGACCCCCGGGGUGACACCGGCACUGGUGAUGCCCACAGCAGCGCCUGUGCUGCCCAGUGGUCUCGAUGAAGAUGAAGAGGGGGUGGAGGACAUGGAGGAAGACAUCCAGGCCACAGUAGCUCACCUGUCAGCGACCUUCACAGCGCUGCGGUCCGUCCUCACUCCACUGUUUUUCCGAGGCUUCUUCGCUUUCCUCACCUGGUGGGUGGCUGCCUGCCAGGUCAUCAGCUCUCUGUUUGGCAUCUACUUCCACCAGUACCUUAUGCAGAACUAACUGAGGAAAGCAGACUGCCACGCUGCUCUACCUGCAAUGCAACUCUCCAGCCCACAGCUAUUGUUACACUGCUGCGAAGGAUUGCAGAGGGAGAAGGGGGUGGGGGCAUUUCAUUAUAAAACAGAACUACAAACAGAAUGCACCAUGCUUUUGGGUUGUAACAGAAGAAUUGAUCAAAGUUUUUUGAGAGUACUGUCUAUAACAUCGGCCCCCUUGUUACCGUUACAACUUUUUAUGACCAGCAGGCUACUGGUAUCAGAUCAGAGAGAAUUGGAGCCUGUAUCGCAAAGCAAGUUAAACUUAGUCUCUCUAUCUUUGGGUUACCUGGCUUCACUAACAGUAGCACUCCUUGAAAACCAGUAUCUCAAAGCUGGUUAUCACUCUGGGUUGACUGAUCCAGUUCUGAGCACGUUUAUGCAACUUAACAUGCAACAUCAAAAGAAAACCAUAAGUGGAGUUCUUAAUAUAACAAAGUGAUUCCUGUGAAGGAAAACGACCUGAAAUGAUGACUCAGUUUUCCCAGUGAGCUGACUGGUCAGGUUAGCCAUGCAGCAUAGGUUACAUGAGUUAAGGCCAAAGACGGCUCAUCUUGCUUUGUGAUCCAGGCCCCUGAUCAUCUUCCAGCUACUUCAGCAGAACAUUUUUCUGCAACUUGUAUCAAUGCCAGUGUUACCCGAACCUUUCUUACUAGAACUUUGUUAGAUGCUGCAUAUAAGAUAUUUAAUGGUACCAAGUUGAGUAUUAUUAUGUGUUUCAAUGUAGAUAAGACGCUUUAUUUUUGUGAGGGACUCUUUGUCCCUCUUAAUGAACCGAUUCAAGAGUGCUAAAUGGUUUUGAUUUUUUUUUGUUGUCUUUUUCUGCUUUAAUGUUUUGACCGCAAAGAAGUAGUAAAGCUCAGAUCCAGCCUAUUGAAUUUAACGCAGCUGAACAUGAAUCAGUCCAAACUGUAGCUGAGGCUGUGUAUUAGCCAAGAACUGAAACGUGUUUGCUUUGACAUAAAGAGUUUCUUUCAGAAUUCCUAAGUGCCUGGGAGCUCAGGGAUUUUGGGCCAGUUUUAAAAUCUCCUUCCUCCCUGUUCAUGCGUAUUUAGAAUGAAUAAAAUCUGUUUAUAGAUACAAUUAACACUCCAAACUCAUUUCUGUGUUUCCUUUGAUUUUCAAACACUAUUCACUGGAAACAUUUUUGUUGCAGUGUCUUCGCUACAUGUGUUUUUAUUUUUUGCUGUCUUUAUUGCCAAUCAGUCAUGUGCAUGUAGGAUUAAUCAAAGUCUACUUUAAAUUCAUUUUGCAUAAGUGCAUUUUAUUUAUUUAUUUAUGAUACAUUGCCUCACAUAACUUGUGUUGUUUCGAAAUGAUACAGAUGCUGUCAUUCUGUACAUUUUUUAAAUUCUGUUUGUGGCAAAAGUUGAUUUUGUGUUUUUUUUUAAUAGAUUUGAAUUGAACGUUGUAAAAUCAUUAUACUGUGAAGUUCAUAUGAAAAUGUUGCUUUUUGAGAUUUUCUGAAUGCAUGGUGUGCAAACUUCUGGCUGUAACCUGAUCGUUUUGUUUGGCUUAAUAAAAAAAUUAUUUUCAUGUCA